AUGUUGUUGUUCUUCUCCAUACAGAGGCUGAAGGCGGCGCUAGCACACCACCCGGGAGCCAUCGCCAACGGCAACAUGAACAGCAUGGGUCACAUGAUGGAAAUGAUGUCAUCGCGGCAGCAGCAGGAGCAGGGGGGCGGCCACCACCACCUUCACCCCUCCCACCCUCACCCUCACCAGCACCUGCCGGCUCCGCCCCACAGCCACGCCUACCAGCACCACCAUCACCACAGCGGCCACAGCCAGGGCGGGCACCACCACCCACAGGGCCACAACCCCCAUCACAACUCCCACCCGCCUCACCUCCACCCUGGGCACCCACACCAGACCUCACCCCCGCCUCACCUCCACCCUGGACACCCACACCAGACCUCACCCCCGCCUCACCUCCACCCUGGACACUCACACCAGACGUCACCCCACCCUGCACUUCACUCUGGACCAGGGUCACAUUCACAGUUGUCGCCGGCGGCCCAGCAGAUGCAGCCGAGCCAGACGAUGCAGUCUCCGACCCCUAGCGGUGGGCGCCGCAGGCGGACGGUAGACGAGGACCCUGACGAACGGCGGCGGAAGUUUCUGGAGAGAAACCGAGCAGCGGCCACGCGAUGCAGACAGAAGAGGAAAGUAUGGGUGGUGUCGCUGGAGAAGAAGGCUGAAGAGCUGACCCAGACCAACAUGCAGCUUCUGAAUGAGGUGACCAUGCUGAAGAACGAGGUGACCCAACUCAAGCAGCUCCUCCUCACCCAUAAAGACUGCCCCAUCACCACUCUGCAGAAAGACUCCCAAGGUUACCUCAGUCCAGACAGUAGUCCAGCAGGCAGCCCGGCCUCAGCCUGCUCCCAGCAGCAGGUCAUCCAGCACAACAACAUCACCACCUCCAGCACAGCUGUAGGGGGCAGCACUGUGCACGGCCUGCCCAACCACCGUACAGACAUCAACCCCAUCCACUAGAGACAAGACAGAGAGGGACUACAGUACCCCCCCCCCCCCCAGUCUGUACCCCCAGCCCCCUACCCCCAGUCCGUAACCCCAGCCCCCAACUUGUACCCCCAGCCCCCAGCCCCCAACCCGUACCCCCAACACCCAACCCGUACCCCCAGCCCCAACCCCAUCCCUGGUCUAACCCCCCUUCCCUGGCUCUCUGAGGGCUGUCUGUCUGUCAGUACGGGACGGGCGGCAUCACACACUGCCUCCAUCUCCAGGACCGGGUCCAGAGAAACCUCUGGAGGAAAACCUCUGGAGGGAAACCUCUAGAGGAAAACUUCUGGAGGGAAACUUCUGGAGAGAAACCUCUGGAGGAAAACCUCUGGAGGAAAACUUCCGGAGGGAAACUUCUGGAGAGAAACCUCUGGAGAGAAACCUCUGGAGAGAAACCUCUGGAGAGGAACCUCUGGAGAGAAACCUCUGGAGAGGAACCUCUGAAGAGAAACCUCUGGAGAGGAACCUCUGAAGAGAAACCUCGGAGGCCUGCAGGGCUGCUCUUUCUACCGUAGCUAUAGUAGUAUUUUUAUAGACCUUUUUAACUAAUAUGUGUUCUCUGGGUUUGUCUUCUAUUUCUGUCUCAUGUUUUUUAUGUUUUUAUUUUAUGUUAAAUUUGUACUUUAGUUAAAAGGGAGAUUUGCAAUUCAUGCAGCAUUAACCCGUGUGGAGUUUAUGUGAUGUCAUACCUCUGUUAGUCCGACACCCCCACCGGGUCACUGUGGUGACACAGCAACGGGACAUGAGCCUCAGACCGUCACCCCUGUGACCCUCCCUAACGUCACCUCUGUGACUAUGUCUGUGUCUCAAAUAGAACAUUUUCCUCUAUAAAGGCCACUACUUUUGACCAGAGCCUUAUGGGUAAAUGCCAUUUGGGAUGAUUAUCUUGUAUGUGUGCUUGUGACUGAUGGAUUGACUAGCAGAGAGUCUGAGUACCACUGUCAGAUAAGUAUGUGUCAGAUAGUUACUGUGUUGAAUAGUGCAAUGUUCUGGUUACAUGUGUAACAUACAGGGUAUGUAGUGUCAGGUACUUGAUCAGAUGCUUAGCUAAGAAAGUGUGUGGGAUGCUACUGCCUCCACGUUGUUGAUGUUGUUGUUUUUAACCAAGUCGAACUGUUGCCAUGAUAUGCUAUUACUUAGUUACCUUCCGGAAUCUGGCGUUUCUAUUGAAUUAUGCUCUUUUUCUAGAAAGGACCCUGACUGUUACCCUAGCAACCCAUCGAUGCUAUUUAGAGGGCGUUACAUGUAAUGAAAGAUUGAACGGUGUUGAGGAUAUGUUCAAAUUGAAGCAAUACAUCCUAGUAUUGUUGUUCUAUUAGCCAUAUUGCCCUGCACUGUGAUACCAGCUAGCCGAGGCAGCUCUGGAGGUUGACCCCUGACCCCUGUCUCCUCCACUCUCCUGGAGGCUGACCCCUGACCUCUGUCUCCUCCACUCUCCUGGAGGCUGUCCCCUGACCCCUGUCUCCUCCACUCUCCUGGAGGCUGUCCCCUGACCCCUGUCUCCUCCACUCUCCUGGAGGCUGACCCCUGUCUCCUCCACUCUCCUGGAGGCUGACCCCUGUCUCCUCCACUCUCCUGGAGGCUGUCCCCUGACCGCUGUCUCAUCCACUCUCCUGGAGGCUGACCCCUGUCUCCUCCACUCUUCUGGAGGCUGUCCCCUGACCCCUGUCUCCUCCACUCUCCUGGAGGCUGACCCCUGACCUCUGUCUCCUCCACUCUCCUGGAGGCUGUCCCCUGACCCCUGUCUCCUCCACUCUCCUGGAGGCUGUCCCCUGACCCCUGUCUCCUCCACUCUCCUGGAGGCUGACCCCUGACCCCUGUCUCCUCCACUCUUCUGGAGACUGACCCCUGUCUCCUCCACUCUCCUGGAGGCUGAACCCUGACCCCUCCAAUCUCCUGGAGGCUGACUCCUGUCUCUUCCACUCUCCUGGAGGCUGAUCCCCGUCUCCUCCAAUCUCCUGGAGGCUGACUCCUGUCUCCUCCACUCUCCUGGAGGCUCAUCCCCGGCUCCUCCAAUCUCCUGGAGGCUGACCCCUGUCUCCUCCACUCUCCUGGAGGCUGACUCCUGACCCCUCCACUCUCCUGGAGGCUGACCCCUGACCCCUCCACUCUCCUGGAGGCUGACCCCUGUCUCCUCCACUCUCCUGGAGGCUGAUCCCUGGCUCCUCCACUCUCCAGGAGGCUGACCCCUCCACUCUCCUGGAGGCUGACUCCUGACCCCUGUCUCCUCCACUCUCCUGGAGGCUGAGCCCUGACCCGUCUCCUCCACUCUCCUGGAGGCUGACUCCUGACUCCUGUCUCCUCCACUCUCCUGGAGGCUGACCCCUGACCUGUCUCCUCCACUCUCCAUGACCAAGUAAAGCUUUAAGAGACAUCUCCUUCAGUGUAGUUCUAGUGUUGCUGCAGCCAGACUUCCAGAAUCAGCGGCACAUUCCAAAUGACCUGAACAUUCCAGAUAUGAGCCUUGUCCUCUGUCUGCCUCAAUAUCUCAGGUGGGGUUGUCAUACUGUAGGAGACAUAUAGAGAGAGAUAUGAGGUGAGAUAGUUGAUUGAGUCUAUGCUUUUGUAGUCUGACUGUCAGUGUGUGUUUGACAGUUGAAGAACGAUUGGCUGAGUUUCUAUCCCUUUAUAAUGAAAAGGUCUUACAACCAUCUCUAACGAGGCUCAGCAGUUUUAGCCGAAUGUUUUCCAAAACAUCACAACGUGCCUGAACUUCUCUGUCUUUUUUUAUUACUAAAUGGAAUGUCAAUUGUUUCAAAUACUUUUGAAUCAUCAUGAACUUUUCCAUUGAGCUAGCAAGCCUUUAUAAGUGAUUGUUCCCCCAGUCUCAGUGAGUGUAGUGUUGAUGGACACUGUGUGUCUGCUGUUGGUGUGUUUUUAUACCAUUUAGCAGAGGUCUUUCUUCAAACCACGUAGUCAUGUAUACAUUCUUUAUGUGUGGAUGGUCACGGGAAUCAAACCCACUAUCCUGUUGUUGCAAGUGUCAUGCUCUACCAACUGACCUACAGAGCACCAGUGUGUUGUCAGGGAGUUUAGUCUGUAAGGGCCAAACCAGCUGGCUGACUGACCAGGGAGGAAAAAGCUGACCUUCAGUCUAACCUCUCCAUUCUAGCUCUAACCCAGCUCUCCCACAGACCGGCUGACAUGUCUGUGUGUGUGUCUGUCUGUCUGUGUGCGUGUGUGUGUCUGUGUGCGUGCGUGUGUCUGUGUGUGUGUCUGUGUGUGUGUGUGUGUGUGUGUGUGUCUGUGUCUGUAUGCGUGUGUCUGUGUCUGUGUGCGUGUGUGUGCGUGCGUGUGUGUGCGUGCGUGUCUGUGUGCGUGUCUGUGUGUGUGCGUGUGUCUGUAUCUGUGUGCGUGUCUGUGUGCGUGUGUGUAUGAAUGUUUUCCAUCAACACAUCGUCCAAUAGCCCGAACUAGUAGGAAAGCUCAAUAUUCACUUUAGUUUUGACCACGACUCUGUCAUGCUUGCUUAAGUCACCCCUUAGUUAGCACUGAUCUAGGAUCAGUUUACGCUCCCCGUAUCCAAACCUAAACCAUUAGUGGAAGGGGAUUCUAAACAGACCGUAGCUCAGUGUCUGGGAGAAACUCCACUUUUCCCUGAACAUGUUGAUACUUCAGCAGGACUAGUAGUACCUAUGACUACAUCCUUUAGUAGGAGUGAGCCAAGCAGCUCUACAGACAGGUGAGCUAGAGAGACAUCAUGUAGCUGUCUAUGCACUUUGACCUCUGGGAUAUCCAGAGGGUAGAAUAGCCAUAUUGAGGUCUCAGUGAUGCCCGGUUCAAUACACCAGCGAGACUCUGUGUGACUGACUGUUGAUCUGUAGAGAGACUGACUGACUGAUGCUCUGUAGAGACUGACUGACUGAUGCGCUGUAGAGAGACUGACUGACUGUUGAUCUGUAGAGAGACUGACUGACUGUUGAUCUGUAGAGAGACUGACUGACUGACUGUUGAUCUGUAGAGAGACUGCCUGACUGACUGUUGAUCUGUAGAGAGACUGCCUGACUGACUGUUGAUCUGUAGAGAGACUGACUGACUGAUGAUUUGUAGAGAGACUGACUGACUGACUGAUGCUCUGUAGAGACUGACUGACUGACUGACUGAUGCUCUGUAGAGAGACUGACUGAGUGACUGUUUCUCUGUAGAGACUGACUGCAUAGUAGUGACUGUUACUCUGUAGAGACUGACUGCAUAGUAGUGACUGUUUCUCUGUAGAGACUGACUGCAUAGUAGUGACUGUUACUCUGUAGAGACUGACUGCAUGGCAGUGCCUAAUGGUGAGGCUCCACAGGGUGCUCCUUAUAAAGCUUGAAACAUGUACCUUGCAGAUGCGUUACUACAACAUUGUUCAGCUCCAGUUUGUCUCACUGUGAACGGUAACUAAAUGAAUAAGGUCAACUGGAAACAUGCAUUCCCUUUUUCUCCAGUGUGAUGCACAAAGGUCUUGUAGAAAGGCUCGGGCAGUGGGUUGAGGUGUGUGUGCACGUGUGUGAUAACAACUGAACUUAUGAAAGGUUGAAUAUGUAUUAAGGGCUUCCUGUAUUGCAAACAAGUGAAACACCUACAAAGCGCCUUAUUUCAUUGACUUUUGUAUUUUCUUUUGAAUCUCUAAACGUUGUGGCUUAUUACUUUCACCAACUACUUGAGUAUUUAACUGUUCUGAAAUAAAACAUGUUGCAUCAUGGGGAAUAUAUGGCAUUGACCUCAACAUAUUCAACUGGAAUUGUUGUUAGAUGUUUUGUUGGAAUAACAGCUAAUAGUGUGGAGUUUCUAGUUAACAGACAGGUCAAGCAUAAGGAAGACUGGUUUGUCUAACUGUACAGGCAGACAUAAAGACAGGUUAGUGAGUUCAGGAUGAGUGUGUGUGGGUUUCUGGGAGAGAGGUGGAGGACAAUGCCUGCACAUUAAUACAAGUAUAAAUGUAUCAUUUUAAAUAUAAAACUAUAAAUAUUGUAUAGAAUGUCAUUCAUUUUUAUAAUCUUGACUGUACAUGUAAUGCAACCACCUCUCUUUUUGAAAGGAGUCUGAUGUUUUGUACAUGUAUGUAAAUGAGGUUUUUGCGUAGCACUUGUUUGCAGCCUUCUCAGUGUAUGUUCGUCAAGGUUCAUUUCCGCGCUUCGAUACGUGUCCACGGUGUAUUAUACGUAAUGGAUUGAUGAAUUCAGAAUUGCCUGCAUAACUUUGUACAUGUUUGUGUGUCUCAUCACAGCAUAUUGUUUGGUCUGCGUUUGGUUCAGCAGUUGUUCAGAUGUUACACAUCACUGCGGCUACAUUACAGCAGGAGAAUAAAGCACUUGUUCUGUAACAUUA